ACUUGUUGAAAUCCUAAACGCGCUGACAAUCGUGAAAUCUCAAAUAAGCUUUGAUAGAGCGUAAUAAUUUGCAUAAUAAUUAUAAGACAGUUACUAAAUAGUUCUAAAACAAAAUAAAAUAAAAUAUAUAAUUGCAUCAACGCGCAUGUUGAAGAACUUUAAAAUUGAGAAAUAAACUAGUAAUAUUUUCAAAUUUGACGCCUUUGAAACUGACAGUUUUAUGUCGUCUGCAGCUUGAGCAUAUCAAUAACAUAACCCACCAAAAUAGUGUUGUUCUCUACCAGAGUCAAAUAGUUUUGUUUACAAAUAUCUUGUUUUAGUUUUGUGUUUUUACCAACAAAUUUAAAAAAUGGCAUCCUCGAAAAAAGUGACCAAGGAAGAUCUCAGAAAAGCUAUGCUGGAGGCUAAAAAAAAACGUGCUGUAAAAAAAAUAGAAUCACCAAUUGCCAGGUAUAACGAACUAGAUCAACUAGUAUGUGUUGUAUGCAAACUUGUAGUUAAAAGUGAAGCUGUAUGGGCUGUACAUCUCAAUUCAAAAGUGCACAAAGAGAACACAGAACUUUUAAAAAAAGGAGUUAAGCCCACUCUAUUGAAACCCGUAGAAAAAACAACUUCGAGUGUUCUGAAAAGAUCAUCAUCAACAUCUAUUAAUGGCUCUAGCGAACCAAAAAAACUCAAAGGAAUAUUAAAAAAAGAUCCUGAUACUACUGAAAAUCAAAGACCAAGUGUACCAGACUUACCAGACGACUUUUUUGAUAGUUCAAAAUCUGUUACUAGCACAAUAAGCGCAGUUAGUGUAAAUCCAACAAGUAGUAAUAUAGAUUCUGGUACAAUACAUGUGGUUAAAGCAGAAAAGUCAAAUCCUGUUAUAGAGCCUCCUCAAGAAAAUAGAGAACCAAACUCUACUAAUUUACCAGAAGGAUUUUUUGAUGAUCCAAAAAUGGAUGCAAAGGCCCGGCACGUAGAGUAUAAGGAUCCUAAAGAAGAAGAAUGGGAGAAAUUUCAAAAAGAAAUUAAAGAACAAGAAGAACAGUCAGCUCUUAUCAUCUGUGAAAAUCAAGAAGAAGCAGCAGAAGAAAGACAAAUUGAUGUUAUUGAAGAACAAAUGCGAAAUUGGUCUCGUGUGUUAAAGUUGGUUGAACGCAAAGAAAAAUGCAAAGUAUUAGAAAGAAAAGAAAGUACUAGUGAUUCUGAUAGCGAUGAUGAAAACGUUGAUGAGUUUUUAGAUUGGCGAGCAAAAAAAUCAUAAGUCAAAAAUUAUUACAAAUUUCAUACUAUUAUUGUAAAUAUAUAUUUCUGUAUAACAUACUUUUUUUUUAAUUAAUAACAGGAAUAAAGAAAAAAUUUAUUCUUACUUUCUCUACAAUUUAUGGGUUUGUUACUAUUCACUACUGCAUUAAAAAUUUCAAAAUAUUAAUAACAUGAACUAAAAAAGAACAUAAAAAGGAUUUUUUAUUUGGAAAAAA